GAAUUUAUAGAAACCCAAGAGGUUGAAGUAGUGCCAGCACUGUGGGUUAAAGAUGAAAUAUGUCAGUGGCCAGCUCAAUAUAGACCUGAUGAUUUAGGAAAGGCCAUACGAAGUGAGGAGCAGCCUGGACACUUGUGGGACACAUAUCAUGUUCGAAUUUUAUAUACAGCUGCAACCUACAAAGCUGCCCGUCUAAAACUUCCUCAAGCUGAAAUCCACACUGAUCUUCAAACAGCAGAGGAAGAAGAUGCAGAUGAAAAUCCAAAGAAAAAGAGAAAAAGGCUACCAAACAUUCGCUUUGAGAGUGACAGUGAUGAUGAAGAUAUGGUCAAGCAAACAAGAGCAUUGCCUCCAGCCCCAAAGAUAAAAGGACCAAACUUUGAUAUACAGUCUGCAAUAAAGAGACGGGUUCAAAAGCCUGAACCUCACAAGCAGAUGACAAGCCCAGAACCCAGAUGGUCCGUGACAAGUCUUGAGUCCAGGUGGUCUGAAACAAGCCCUGAGUCCAGACGGUCUGCAAUAAGUCCUGAACCCAGUCGGUCUACGACAAGUUCUGAACCACAACGACAAGAUGAAAGUCAAAGACAGCCAGGAACUACUUCAAGUAGUUUUGCUCCUCUUCUGCAUAGACUUCUUACAAAUCAAGAAAUGAUGAUGGAUCAACUCAAAGUGAUUCUAAAGUCCAUGCAGAAAAUGGGUGAACCAGCUCGUGGACAGGAGCCCCUUGAGAGGGAUAUACUGCCGCUAAAAGAUCUUACCUCCCUGCUGGGUCUGGAAAAACGUCUGAGGGAAGAGCCUGACCUCAAAAACAAAAUGAUUACUGCUUUGAGCGUCAUUGGAGGAGUUGACAUUAAGGAUAGCGUUUGGCGAGUUAUGAAACACUGUUUUACCAACUCCCUUGCCAAACAACUCAACUGGCGUGGCAUCAAUGGCAAAACAGCUUUCCACAGACUGCAGCUGAAAGAUGUUAUUACUGGAACUGUCAGAAACAGCAGGCUAACAGCAACGGCCACCGAUCAAGAGAUAGAAUUCUAUAUAAAAAAAAUGGCUUCACCUUGCAGGUGA